AUGUAGAAAGACAAACGAUGGUAUUGUAUUGUUAAAAUUACCACAACAAUUUUCGUCAUGUACACAAGUAGCACUAAUCGAAGAAAUAAUCAAAGUGAAAAACGAGAUCUUUUUGGCUGUCCAAUUAGUGGAAACACGUGGCAAAUUGAAAUUGACAUUAGACAGCCACGAAGUUUUAUGUCCUUUCGUUUACGUUGGUAGUAUUAAUCCACUACAAGAUCUGUUAUUUCUUCCAGCUUCAUGUAUUAUUGAAAAAAUGUCCUCUUAUUACGAUAAAGCAAAUCAAUAUUAUUAUUAUCUUCAAUAUCCAAAUUUGACAGCCCUGUUAACUCAAACACCAACUACCGCAUCGUUUCCAUUUUCAAAAUUGACAACCGCUGUGUCGAAAGAGUCGACGAUAGCUCCAGGACCGUCAUUAGGUAGAUUUGUUUUUGAUGUAGUCUGA